AUGAGGUCGUCCAUGCUGGUCCUGUUCCUCCUCUUCAGUGCCCAGGCUGUGGCCGCCAUCGGAGGAGCAGCGCGGCAGCAGGGUCCAGGCCACAACUCCAACUCCAUCCCCACGGUGGACCCCAAGCUCUUCACCAGGCGCCGCUACCUCUCACCCCGGGUGCUCUUCAGCUCUCAGCCGCCCGAUGCCGAGCCAGCAGAGUCGCAGGGUGCCGGCGGGAGGACCCGCAGGCGAGCCGCGCAGCCUCAGCACCGCGGAGUUUACUCCGUGUGCGAGAGCAUCAGCGUCUGGGUGGGCAACAAGACUAAAGCCACGGACAUCUCGGGCAACGAGGUGACAGUGCUGCCGGACGUGAACAUCAACAAUGUGAACAAGAAGCAGUACUUCUUUGAGACGACGUGUCACAGCGCCCGCGCGGGCAGCUCCGGCUGUCUGGGAAUCGAUGCCAGGCACUGGAACUCCUACUGCACCAACUCGCACACGUUUGUCCGAGCGCUGACUACGUUUAAGAACCUGGUGGCGUGGAGGCUCAUACGCAUCAACGUGGCCUGUGUGUGUGUGCUGAGCCGCAAGUCGUGGCGGCAGUGA